AUGUCUAAACAUGAUCGCUUUGAAGUUUUUACCUUUUCUGGCCAGCAAGAGACAGCCAGCUUUGGGUUGAACACCAAUACAGUAUUCCCACUAGCACUGAAACCAGCCAAGGAGUGGAAUCUCACAUUAGAAGAGUCCAUAUCAACUAUAAAGAGACUAUCGGAAUCUGGCGAAUUGUUCGAUAAGUUGAGGGGGCAUGGCGGCGCGGUUCUCAUCCGUGGGCUACCUAUCAAGACGCCUCAAGAGUACAGUGACGUAGUUCAUGCAUUUGGGUUCCCGCCUCACGAAGAAGUUGGCCGACCACCGCUACGAACGGUACUGGCUAAGAAUAUCAAAACGGCGAAUGAAGGGCCUCCGGAACUUCCUAUCUGGCCUCAUAAUGAGUACGGCUGGUCGACGAUAAACCCCUCGUGGUUAACAUUUGCUUGUCUAGAAGCACCUGAGUCAGGGGGUGAGACACCAAUUAUAUCUAGUCUUGGCCUAGCAGCCGCAUUGAAGAGACGAGCACCUGAGUUUAUCGAGAAGUUGCUUCAAAAAGGAGUUAAAUAUGUGUACAGAUACGGAUUAGAGGAUGUGAAAUCAAAUACGGGGACGAGUGUCCUAGGCGCAUACGGCCAACAUGUGAACCAAGGUGACAACAAGGAUGUUAUUAGGCAGAAAAUUGAAAAGGAAGUCCGAAGGCAUAGUAACGACUUUCAGUGGCAUGACGAUGGAUCACUGAGCGUGACGCAUAUCGUUCCAAUUAUUAGGAAGCAUGAGGAUACUGGUCUAUCCACAUGGUUUGGUAAUCUUACGAGUGCUUGGGGCCGAAGCAAGUACCAUGGAGCGACAGAGCCUCCUUACAGAGGCGACGACGACUCAUACCAUCCACCUCCUGAGUAUGGGGAUGGCACACCGAUAGAGAAAGAGUACCUCGACUUAGCACUCUCACUGGCGGAAUCUCUCCAGGUACUAAUUAAAUGGCAGGUCGGAGAUAUUGUUCUACUUGACAACUACGCAGUAAUGCAUUCACGUUCUCCGUGGACUGGUAACAGAAUAGUAUUAGCAGGCUUAUGGGAUGAUAGUCGAGUACGGAUUACUGACUACCCACGGAGCUGA